UAUCAGUUAUGGCGGCUACCCCAACGCAUUAUGCUAAGGUAUAUAUAUAUAAGCCACCGGAGCUGUUGAGUAUAGCGUUUGGAGGCGCCUAGUAUAUCUUAAAUAAACGCCGGGCUUAGCUAUGUUGUUACAUCGCGCUCCCCGCACUUUCGUGAACGUUUUGCUUUCUACAAUAAGAAUGCGGACGUAUCCCGAAACGAUCAUCGCUCCGCUACGGUGACAUCGAGAAGGAGGAAAAAUAAUUCAGAACACCAAUUACCCGGCCAGGCUCGCCAUGAUAUUAUCCCGAGGUGAAGGAUAGGGGCUAGCUGUAUGUAUAUAUCAUGAGGCAAGGCGAAGGAAGGAUCGGCGUAGUUUGAAUGGAUAGAUAGACGAUUAGCUGCGUUACCAUUCAACUAGACAAGUUAAACGACGACAAUAUGAAGCCAUCUACUCUGCUAUGGACCUGUGCGGCAUCCAGCGUCUUGGGCGCGUCUUGGAUCGCACCAGGCGCUGUGUGGUAUGACACGGAUGGGAACAAGAUCGAUGCCCACGGCGGCGGCGUCGUUCAACGUGGUGAUACCUUCUACUGGGUCGGCCAAGCUGCUAGCAACCAAACGCCGAUGUUGUACUCGUCUACCGACCUCAUCAACUGGAAGAACCUUGGGAAGCAGGCAAGCUCCAUUACUGGCAUGUGGCGACCCAAGAUAGCGAAGCCAAACGGGUCGUAUUGGUUGUUCGGGCAGCAGGACCGUUACGUCCUAUCACUCAAGUCGUCGGCCUUCGUUGGUGGUUACGGCCAAUCGGCCAAGGUUCACAUUCCGCCAAAUGACUAUUCCUACUCGGACACCGGAAUGUUCUAUGACGAGGACGCAGACACCUAUUACCUCCUCACUAGUGCUGACCACAACAUCGUUCAGGUCAACAAAAUCAACAGUGACGGCACACUAGGUAGCAUGGUUUCGGAUCUCAGGGGUGGAGCGUACGAGGCACCCGGAAUCGUAAAGGCCGACGGGGUCUACUACCUCAUCGUCUCGGGGAAAACUGGAUGGAGAUCCAACCCGAACAAAGCCUUCUGGUCGACAUCGAUUAAUGGCCCAUGGCAGGGAGGAUCAGAUAUCGCGCCGCAGGCCCAGAAUACUUAUGGCUCGCAGAACACUCACGAGCUGACGGUGAAGGGCUCACAAAAGACCACGCACAUUUACAUGGGCGAUGCAUGGGACUCGAAGGGCGGCGCCAGCUCGAACUAUGUAUGGGCACCCAUGAAUAUCAACUCUGGGUCACACUCUGUUCAGAUCGAUUACCACGAGAUGUGGAAACUCGACCCAAAGACCGGCGUAGUUUCCUACCCCACAACGAAAAAACGCUACGAGGCCGAGCAUGCGGUUUUGUCAGGCAAGACAGUGGUGAGGGACUGCAGCGACUGCGUGAGCAAGCGGGCUGUGCACGGAGUCAGCGACACAAGCGACGUGACUUUCCAGAACGUGACUGGCACUGGAUCUCGCCAGUGGCUUUCGUUCCACUACCGAGUGAACAACCCAGAAGCUGGAGAGGCCCAUAUAUUCGUCAAUGACGAGCCGGCUAUCAACAUCUCGAGCCUGAACUCUCGUGCUGGUUACCACACCUCCACUCCGAUCCAGCUAACUCUGAAGCGUGGCGACGCAAACACCAUCAGCUUUGGCGCUACAGGAAGCGAUGGAUUCGAAGUUGCUGUAGAUGGUAUUGAACUUUUUGAGGAUGACGAUGAAUAGGUACCUUAGGUAGGUUACUUCCAAGUUGUGUGGUGUAUAUAAGCCAUCAUAAGUUUGAAAAGAUGCAGAAAGUGUAGAUUGAUAAUGAAUGAUGAAAGUGAUCUUUUGCUUUUUG